AAAAUAAUAUAAACACAUCGCGGGAAAUAUGUGCGGAAGUCAGGAGCGGCUGCUGAUGUUUAAUGGGAUAAAGUCAUCUUUGUUUUUGUGGUGAUUUGUCUCUUAUUCAGCUGUGAAGAUGAGUCGCGUGACAAGAUUGUUAAAAACUCUUCAGAAUGAAGCCAAGAGUGGGAGUGAGAAGCAAAAUGAUUCGCCAUCAGCAGAAAAUCUGGACAUGUCCUCAAUAGAGAAAGCCAGCUUCCUUCAAGGAGAGGAGUAUUCCUCCUAUGGUAAUCCUCUUCACAGCACUGCUCUAGAAGAAGAAAGCAGACCCGAAACUGAUCAUGGACAAAAAGCCACAGCUGUAAAACAGGCUGGUAAAGGAAGAAGGAAUGAGGUCCAAGGCAUGACCGAGACUCCAAAGAGACCUGCGAAAAAUCUGAAAGCUCAACAGGAAAACAAUGUGCAGGCACAGAAGAAAAGCUCCAAAUCUAGAGGGAAUCAAAAGCCACCAGAACAUACAGGCCAUGCUCCAAAAUCUCAACAUCUGCAGACCAUCUCAAAGAACAGAAAGAAUGAAGGCAAUAAAAGAGCACAGUCUAAGAGACCAGUUAAUGGAAAUUCAGCCAAUGACACAUCACCUGAGGCAACUUACACCCAAAGCCAGAGGAGCACAUCUUUGUCUUCAGAGGACUUGACUGAUGAGGAUGAGAGCUUUCACCUAGGCAGUGAGAGACAAACAGCAUCACGCAGGCCAGGGUCAUCGUCCAGUCAGUUGCAGAGAGGUCAGAAACAGAAGAGGAAAUCUUCAACUGGAUCCUUAGACAAUGGCAAUCCCAUUAAGAAGCAGAAACCUGGAGUUAGGAGAAAUCCGAUCGCCCUCGAUGUUGUUCUGGAGGCGUUCCAGGAAUUUGUCACGCAGUAUAAGGAGACAGUGAGCUCUGAGGUUGCUCAAAAAGCCAUAAAUGCAUUUUCUUGCUCAUUUGAGGAGGAGGUGACUGAGAAGAUCACUGCAGAUAAGGAGUUUAACAGUGUAAAACGUGAAGCUAUAAAGGUUAAUAGAAUCCUGAAUCAGAAGAAAUCUAGACUAUUGGAGGCCAAGAAUGAACUCAUCAAGAGUAAGGCUGAGUUGAGGAAGCUUGAGAAAGAGCACAGUGAGCUGGAGGGGAGGCUCACAGGUUUAAAACAGGGCACUGCUUUUCUUAACAACCUGAAAGCACUGAGCAGGAGAUAUCUGCAACAACGCAGCGCUCAUGCUGAAGAACCGGAAACAUAUGGACCAUGCUGCAUGCCAGCUAUGCUGCUGGAGGCGAGGAGCAUCACAGGGACAGAACACCAGUUAAAGAACAUCAAUGACAAGUUGCAGCAAGUCUUAGAGGAAACUGCUCACAAAGAACAUUGCAGGCAGUGAAUCAAAGAUUUGUGAAUUUUUGUUUUUGUUUUUACUAAAUCAUAAUACUUUUGUCAUAAUAAAUAUAUAUAUAAUAAAGCCUUGAGUGAUA